CUAACGACGCACCCUAACGUCGAACCUUGAAAUUCAGUACAGUUCAGGCAAAGGUUGAGUUCGGAGUGUUUCGAACUUUCCCCUAUCAGUAACCGGCGAUAUUUUCCCGCUAAUUUUGCUUAUUGCGUACGUUUAAUUUCUAUCGACACACGCAUUAAAUAACGAGCUUUAAAGUGUAAAAGUUAGUUAGUUAGUUCGUAGGAGGUUAGAAUUUUAACGAUAUGUGCACUGAGGAAAGUGUAUGUACUCCGAAAAUGUCACAUGUAGUAGAUUGGACAAAUUUGCCGAAAGGAAUAGAACCAGAUUUCGUUUCACAUAAUGGAGAUUAUGAUUUUCCAUUAUAUCUUUCUGAAAAGGAAGAAUGGGUCAUUCAUAAAAGGAAGACAGAUUCUAAGGGUAAAAUAACAAUAUAUGAACCUUUCUUAAUAAUGGAAUUGAACAGAUUUGUACCAUACUUGGAAAAUAACUGUGUAAAGUUUCAUCCCCUCAACAUGCCGCACAUUAAAAUAGGUAAAAUCGAAAUAGUGGGAUUUGUAAUGUCUAUUUACGAGGAUGCCAAAUUUUAUCAGUACCGAAGUAAAUAUAAUCAAUUCGAUGAUGGUACAGGAUCCAUUGUUGUUUAUUUUGAGAAGAAGUCUUUUGAAACACAACGUCAGGACAGACGCAUGAUCGAUGAAAAGUAUUCUGAUUAUGCAAAGACCAUGAACACUAAACUAUUGAAACAUCAUGUAUGUCCAAAACAUUUUCCUAAUCCACGCCCAGAGUUCAGGUAUCCUGAUGGUACAAGUAUACGCGAUAUGGCUAUUCUUGAACAUAAUUGGUCAUUAGAGACUAACAAUGGUUUAUUGGGGAUGCCAAUAAAUCGUUGCGAUUAUGUGCAUGCGAUAGGAUAUUGUGCACUUGAUUUUAUGUUCAAUAAAAGGCCAGAAAAAGAAAUUACGUUCGAAAUAUUAUCUAAUGUAAAGUUACAUUUUCUCGCGAACAAGGUAAUAGGCAUGAAAGAGAAGGAUUAUAAUGCUAAAUUGUAUUUAUGGUUGAAUACUGUUGUUCAAAGAAGAUACGAUGAACAUUCAAAUGAACCAGAAAUCCUUACACAAAAUGAAAAGGUAUAAAAGUAAGUUUAUGUGUGCUUCUUGUACAUAUACGUUUGAUAUGCGAUGACGUUCUAUUAUUUAAAAAGCCUUUAU